AACUUUAAAUUCGUUCACUCGUGAUACUCGUGCUCUUUAGUCUUCCAGAGAGUCAAACAAACAACCAAAAUGCCAGUGGACUACAGCGGGACAUGGGACAUUGACAGCAAUGUCAAUUUUGAGGGAUACAUGGUUGCACUUGGCAUUGAUUUUGCAACACGCAAGAUUGCCUCCAUGUUGAAGCCCCAGAAAGUGAUUAAGCAAGAUGGAGACUGUUUCACAAUCAAGACUUUCACUACUUUCAGAAAUUAUGAGUGUUCAUUCAGAAUUGGAGAAGCGUUCAAAGAGGUGACUAAAGGAAUGGACAACAGGUCAUGCCAGACUGUGGUCAACUGGGAAAAUGAUAAGCUGGUGUGUGUUCAGAAAGGAGAGAAGAAGAACCGAGGGUGGACUCACUGGAUUCAGGGAGACGAGCUUCAUCUGGAGCUUACUUGUGAGGAUCAAGUCUGCAAGCAAAUUUACAAAAGGAGUCUGUGAACUUUAAAACCAUUUCAGACUUAAGAGAACUUCCUUUACAUUAAAUUAAACGAGUUAGCAUAAUCUACAUGAUAACUUCUAUACAUAAUUUGAAUGUAAUGUGUGUGAUUACGUGUUUAAACAUUGUAGUACCUCCUCCGGACCACACGAUGAUGCUAUGAAAGGUGUAUAUUAAAAAAAAGGAAUUCAA